GAAGCUUCAUCAGAGAGAUUCCUCACACCUGUCAUGUCUUAGUAGCUUGAUGAUUCACCGUCGCCUUAGUAACAAAUCAACUCGGUAGCGCGCCCUCUCCUUCAGUGGAAAACAAACCCCUGAGUUUAACAUCAAAGAGGUACAAUAUGCUCAAUCCACAGGUACCACCGCGAAAUUGAACGUAACCCAGGGAGAGUGCCAUUAAAAGAAUCCUAACUUUUUACGUAGAAUCAUAGUUCAUGCCACCUACCUAACUAUUCCAACCCAUUCCAACGUGACGAUACUGGGGUUAGAGCACAUGUUGCCCACGUUUAACACACACGAUUCAAGAAAAUAGAGUCAGCUUUCUCUCUCUUGAUAGCAUUGUCAGAAUCUAGGAUGAUCGGUGAUACUGAAAAUGUGGGUACAUCUAAAUCUCCCACGAAAAGUGUACCGUCCAGCAGCGAUGACCUCAGCCAAAUCACCGACGCAGGUGGUGAAUCCAUUCUGGUCCCAAUUCAGCUUCUGGGAGAAUUUUUAACAUCAGUAAUGACGAAAAACUACCAUUCAGCACUUAAAUCUUGCGAGUUAAUUCUCAAAUAUGAGCCAAAUUAUUCGACCGCAAAAGAAUUUUUUCCUCUCCUUCAAGAAAAGUGCAAUCAAAUUCAAGAGGACGACGAUGACGAAAACAACGAUGAUGAUGAUGGUGAUGAUGGUGAUGAUGUUGAUGAUGAUGAUGACAGUGAUGACGAUUAUACUGAUGAUUAUGAUGACGAUGACUCCCAUGAAGAUAAUGAUGAUGAUGAUGAUGAUAAUGAAGAUGGCACAAGUGACAGUAAUGAUACUGGAUCUGAUUACAGUGAUGAUGAUGGAGACGAAGACAAUCAAUUUUCUAGUUAUUUGAUGUAAUUUUCUAGUGAGAAGGGUUUUUUAUAAAGUAAAUAAAGUUAGCCGAACUGCU